UUUGUGUGUGAUAUUUUUCCUGAGGGCCAGAUCUCCUUCAUUGUGGCCAUUGAUCUGCACAUAACAGAGCCUCAGUGAUGGCUAAGACUUGGAGAAAGUUUGUGCUCUUGUUGCAUGAAUUCAUGUUACAAUCGCCUGACCUGAUUAGGUUAAUUAUUUCAAAUCUUUAUAGGCUCUCAAAUUGAAAGAGCAAUCCAGGCUGUAGCCCUGAAUCAAUCUUGGCUGAAACUGUGAUGUGCUGAUAUACAAGGCAGUGGCAUCAACAUGCAUUGCACCUCCCUGUAGUCUGCUCCUGACAAUAUCUCCAGAGUUUCACAGUUAAUAUGACAGACAGAUUAAGAGCUACUGAUUAAAAACUGCCACUGUAUUAUUUAAUCCUUUUCUGAAAAAAGUUCUUCUCAUUAUGCCAUAUCAUGUCACAAGCAUUUAGUCCUUUGUCCACUGGUUUUAAGAAAGAUUUUAGUCAAAAUUUGUUAUGUAUGUGAAUAGAUGGUCUACUUAGCUUGUGCUCUCCCCUAACUUCAAUAUUCUUUUUUAGGAUUUCUUUCUAUUCCCAGCUUCUGCUAAAUGCAGGAGCUUUUCUUUUUGGAAUUCUACAACAUCAGCAAUUAUUUGUAUUUUGCUAUUAAUAUAUCUGGUCCUGAUUAUACCAUCAUUUGUCACUGACAUCUAUCUUUAUUAUGAAGAUCUUAGCAUUUCUAUAUGAAAUUUUAAUAGUUCAGUGAGAAGGCAUCCUGUUUGUUGCAUUUACUUCCUGCUGUUACAUUUUUAUUCUUUUGUCCCCCAUUAAUGAGAUUCUAGGCUUUUAAGAAUAUAGCUGCCUUUCUGAAAUCUAAAUGUCCUAUAAUAAAACAUUCUCAGAGGGAAAAUUACUUGGCAAUAGUAUUUUCAGGAUUAAAGUUCAUCUGGUUCCAUACCCAUUACCAUGGGCAGGGACACCUUCCACUAUCCCAAGCUGCUCCAAGCCCUGUCCAACCUGGCUCUGGACACUUCCAGGGAUGGGACAGCCACAGCUUCUCUGAGUGAAGAAUUCAAGCUAUUACCUGCCUGGGUGCAUGUUUGCAGCUCUUCUCCUGCAGCUGCUGAAGGGUUUGCUGGUGAAAUGAAACCUGAGAGGCCAGGAGGUGUGAGUGUGUCUCCUGUUUCAGGUAUUCCCUCCUGCCUGUGUCCCUGGGAUCCUGCCCCACCCAGGUCAUCUCUAAGGGAGUCAGGGCUCUGUCACACACACACGCGUUUCACAAUAUCAGCCUUCUGAAAUGCAAAAAGCAUUUCCUUAAAAAAGGAGGAGGAAGUCUCCAGGAAAAUACCAAAAGUGAGGCAGAGGCUGUGGCUUUUUGCAGUGGCAAUUAUUUUAAGUGAACUGCCUGCAAGGAUUUUGCAGUUUGAAGUGGCAGGUUGCGUAUUUUGCGCAGACAGGAUUGUUAACGUGUGAAACAUGCUAAAAAUUGACCAAUAAAGGCACCUGGAUAUUUCAAACAUAAAUAGUGUGUACCAAAAUAGCUACAGAGCAGAUGGCCUGGCUCCACACACACCUUGCUGACCAGAAUACUCGAGCUACACGCACAGCCAAAAUCUCAAUCUUCAAAGCUGAUCAUCUGCAAAGGCAAGGGUUAUCCUCAUGCUACCCCUUAUCUGUCAGGCACAAAUGCUCCUGCACACAUUAAUUAGUGUAUCCUAGAGGGAUAAUGAACCCCAGGUUUGUCUGAACUUGCUACUACCCCAGCAAAGCAAAUCACCUGUUCUAGAGCUCAGGCUCUCAAAAGUCGGUGAGAUUAAAACAACUGUGAGCUGAAAUCUGAUCUGCAGUGGAAAGAUCCCAAAACACAGAGGGCUGGGUUUGCCAGCCCGCUCACAGUACUGCCUGCCACUGAUAAACAGGAAACUGAGUCUGUUUCUCACUCUCAUUUUUCACCUUGCAUGCUAAGACCAAACAUCUCCAUUCCACAUAUUAACCAGGAUGUAAGGCUUUUCAUGUAUGGUUCAACAGAUGUGAAAGGGAAUUAUCACUUCAACAUGAUAUCAAGACUCUUUUUUUUUUUUUUUUUUUAGUUGAUGGCAGAUUACUAAGCCUGAAUUCUUGUUUAAUUUUAGUGUGUUAAUUGAAGGAAUAAUGAGCAUUGAUUAUAUGUGUUUUGGCUUCGUCAUUGCAAUUACAGGCUCUGUUUUAUUCAUGAGCCAGUCCUAAAGAAUGCACUAGAGAUCUAAGACAGCUUAAACCUCUCAGAAAAAGGCUCUGAAUUGUUUGAGUAAUGACACUCUUAGAUGGAAAAUUAAAGGUUCUCUUUUCCCAUGCUUUUUAAGAUAAUUAAAAUCCAGGAAUGGUAAGGUGGUGAACAUCCUUAUUCAUUAGCCUUCAGUAAUUUAGCUUCUACUAAAUGAGGAAAACAUUUUAAUUCUCUGGGCCAUCUGUUGCAGUCUCCUUUGUGUGUCCCGUUACAUAAAGUCUCAUCAUGGGCAGUUUUAACAUCAGUAUUGUAUCCUUUCACCAGGAACGAUGAGCUGGGUGAGGUAGCUGAAGUCACCACCUAUUAAGAGACCACCCUGGAAUUAAACUGCCUGCUUUGUCUUUAAACUUGAAGUUAUCCUGUCUAGACACCUCUAGGCAAAGAGAGGAGCCCGUGCACGGAGCUAGGCAGUGUGACAAGCUGUGUUUUCUAAUAGCAAUAUCCAUGCCAAUAAAUAACAAAGUUCACUGGAGCCCUUCCAGUUCCUCUAAUGCGUGCCUGCUCUGCCAUAUGGCUCCGAGCUGCCUGGGGAAGCAGCACUCCCUGCUCGGGUGGGAAGCACAGCCCAGGCUCCCUGCUGGGGGCUGCCUUGGAGCUGGUUUGGAGGCAGAGCAGGGCUCUUUGCACCGUGACAGGGAAAUAGAAUAAAUAUUAGAGCAGGAGUGUGCUCAUCUAGGAUAAAUGCUGGAUCCGGAGCUAGGAAGUGUUUGGAUUCCAGCUCUGGCUGCAGGAAUAACUCACUUUGUAGCUUGGGGCAAGUUACAUUAUCCCACAGCAGGAAUGUUUCUCAUUAAAAUUAUAAUUUGUAUAGAUGAGUGGAUGCAGUGUCAAAGUUAUUCCCGAUGCAAAGUUACAUCCCCACAGGUCUGAGAGGAUCCAGGCUCCAUUAUGAGCUGGGUUUGUUUCUGUCAAAUUCCCUUGUGAAAUUCAAGCCCCACUGCUUGCCAGCCCAGCAGUGCCUUCCUGCUGCAGACUGGGGUAUUUCACUGGCUCCAGGAUUCCCAGGUAGUGUUUGCAUUAUUGAUAGGCAUGGCUACAAGCAGGCUGCUUCCACGGGGCAGAGCUGCCAUCCACCUGCUUGCUAUUACCCCGUUGCCUGGAGAUCACAAACAGCCUGGCCUGGAGAUGUGUGGCUGCAGAACAAGUGUUCCCAGUAUGAAGCAGUACUCAGUCAGUCAGCCUGCUCCUGCUGCCACCAAAAAAGGCCCUCCAGCUGCUGCAGGCAUGCCCAAGGGUGUACCCAUUGCCAAGCAGCUGGCAUCAAUAAAAGCUCUAAGAAAAGGCUCAGACCUUGAAAAGGCUUUUGCUACAGCAGCUUUGGUGUAUAACAACCAUGCUGACCCUGAGAGCAAGCUCAGCAAGUCUGAAACCAAGAGCUUACUGCAAUCCCAGUUCUGGCACUUCAUCCAGGGCCAAGAAAACAAACCAAAAUACCAGGAAAUAAUUUCUUCCUUGGAUGAGGAAUCAGAGAACAAAAUUAAUUUUGAAGACUUCAUGAUCUUGUUAGUCAGUCUCACUCUAAUGUCUGACCUGCUGCAGGAGAUCAAAAAUGUGAAAACCACAAAAUGAUCUGUGAUUUUAAAGAAGAAAUGGCCUGGUAGCAUAUGAGGAAAGCAUGAGUGAGGUACACACAGAGUGCCUGGAUACCCUGUGCUGGUCCCUUUUAAAUGGAAUAAA